GGUGAAAUUCUUGAACAUAACCUAGAAAGAGACAAGCAGGCUAACCCCAGAAGAGCAGCAGGCCUGUCUAUUAUGAGACUCAUGGCAACAAACUCGCAGCAAGUACCGGUGCUCCCGUAUUUAACCACAGGGAGAAGAAGCCUGAGCAUGCAGAAAAACCGGAGGCUUUCCUCACUGGGUAAUGCAUUUGUGGUGAGCCUGGCUUUGGCUGAUCUGGUGGUGGCCUUGUACCCAUACCCACUGGUGCUCUUAGCUAUUUUCCAUAAUGGAUGGACUCUGGGUGAAAUGCACUGUAAAGUGAGUGGCUUUGUGAUGGGACUAAGUGUAAUAGGCUCUAUUUUCAACAUCACUGCAAUUGCAAUAAACCGAUAUUGCUACAUAUGUCAUAGUUUUGCCUAUGACAAAGUGUACAGCUGUUGGAACACAAUGCUGUAUGUCUCCUUAGUCUGGGUAUUAACAGUAAUUGCAACUGUGCCAAAUUUUUUUGUUGGCUCUUUAAAGUACGAUCCACGCAUCUAUUCAUGCACAUUUGUUCAGACUGCAAAUUCCUACUAUACAAUAGCUGUUGUGGUAAUUCACUUCAUCGUCCCUAUCACCAUUGUGAGCUUCUGCUACCUUCGAAUUUGGGUUUUAGUGCUUCAAGUUAGAAGACGAGUCAAGUCAGAAACAAAGCCAAGACUGAAGCCAAGUGACUUCAGAAACUUUCUUACCAUGUUUGUGGUUUUUGUGAUCUUUGCCUUUUGCUGGGCACCUCUAAACAUUAUUGGACUGGCUGUAGCCAUCGAUCCUAUGGAAAUGGCACCAAAAGUUCCUGAAUGGUUAUUCAUUAUAAGCUACUUCAUGGCCUAUUUCAACAGUUGCCUUAAUGCAAUAAUAUAUGGACUUCUUAACCAGAAUUUUCGGAAUGAAUACAAACGAAUUUUAAUGUCGAUAUGGAUGCCAAGGCUUUUCUUCCAGGACACAUCCAAAGGAGGAACUGAUGGUCAGAAGAGCAAGCCUUCUCCUGCUUUAAACAACAAUGACCAAAUGAAAACUGAUACCUUGUAAAUGUGAAUAGUCAAUGCAAGUGUCUGUUAUGGAGAACUCCAACAACAUCAUUGUGUUCUGGUCAUUCUUGCUUACUUUUGGGGGCUUUCCAUUUGGAUGGCACUUUGUGACUGGAAUACUGUCUUCUUGAUAAAGCA